GCAUUCAAUUCCAAGAAUUCUGACCCCUUUAUUUCAUGUACCGUAUUAGAAUAUCUAUUGUGUGAUAUAAUACCCCACACAAUAAUCUGGAAUACUUGUGAAGUUGAUAUAUGGAAAUGCAGGUAUGAUGGAGCAGUGUUUAAGGCAUUUGUAAGUGAUUACCAAGAGUUUAAACUGUACGUUGACGUAUACAAAGCCAAUGGAGCUUAUGGAAGAAAGGAGUGACGUGUUGAAAUUUACGUGCUCAGAAAAUAACCCGAGCAGCCAUUUUCUGGAGAAGUUGGAGAUGGUACAUAUCCUUGUCUGAAGAACUAAACACAAGCAAGUUUGUGUAAUCGAGACAGGAGGUUGCAAGAGCUCUGACCAAGUGAUGGUCAGAUUCAUCAAUAUACAUUCAGAUGAGUGAUAUAUUCCUGAGAAUUAAGUACCUGCAAAUUGAAGAUGCAUGGUCUGACAUGGCCAUCCUUUCAUCAAAAACAAUGCCAAGGUUUCUAAUACUAUCAGAUGGGCUAAUGGAAAUAUGGCCAAUCUCAAGCUUAACUUGAACAGAAUAUUCAAAUGUGCUCAGCUUGCUGCAAUAACAAACUCAGUUUUUUUUCAUCACAUUCAAACAUAAGGUGGUGACAGACUUCGAAUCAGCUGGCGACAAUCAGGCUAUCUUGUAGAUAAUGGAACACAUUCGAUCAUAUUGCCUUCAAGGGAACAUUUUCACACCACAGGAUUGGGUUGAAUACAUGCAGAGUGUACAGACAAAUAAUGACUUGGAAUGUUGGCAUCAUCAUCUCAAUCAGAGAGCCAAGCAUGUGAGUAUCCAGUUCUACAUGCUCUGCCAGUUAUUGUAUGAAAAAAGGAGGAGUCAGACGGUGUCAAUCAACGCCGAAUUGAUCCACAGAGAAGAAGCACUGACUGCACAAGCUCCAGCAGCUCUGAAGGUCAACCGACUUCACAAGCUCUGGGACGAAUAUGCCGCUGGGACUAGAACUAUUGGGACUUAUUAGUUGCAGCCAGUCGACUCAUAAGGCCCGCUGCUCACAAAGAUGUUCAUGCUAGGUCUAUAUUUAUUUAUUUAUUUAUAAUAUUUAUUUAAACAUAUAAUGCUCUGAAGCAUAUGGCAGAUGAUUUGAUGUACAAAAUGUAAUCAUAUAUUACUGUAAGUGUAAGUAAUGACGUCCAUGGUAAAACAAUAGUUUUUAAAUUCAAUAAUUAUGUAUGUAUUAUCAAUUUGCAGGGUUUAAAGUUUAAGCUGGCCAAAAACAAUAUUUAGCAAUUUGGCUAAUUCAGUAUUAAUAUAGUUAGCCAAAUAGAAAUUUAAUUAGCCGAAACAAAAGAAUAUAAGGAAUUAUAGCUUUUCCAUUAGCUUUUUUGCUAUUAGAAUGAAAAUAUUUAGCCAAAUUCAGCUUUUAUUAAGAUUUGGCUAUUUGUCUAAUGACUUUUUAAACAAUUAAUUUGGUAUCUGUUUAUCAUGUUAAAAAUUUUCUUUAAUGUAUAGAAUGUAUGCGAGUUCAGCAUUACAUAUUAGAUAUAAGUUAUUAUAUAAGUACAAAAACAAUAUUUCUGUAAUUUAAUAUAUAGAAAUGUAUGAAUAAUAUUUUUAAUAUAACUUUAAUGUAAUUUGGUAUCUAUUAUAGUGUUGAUUUUUUUAAAAUGUACAGUGUGUAGUUUAGUUACAUACUGUAGACUAACAAAUAAAAGAUUGAUUUAAGAAUGAUGAAUUAAGAAUUGAUUUGUGAUAUUAAAAUUACAGUAUUGAUAAAAAAUAAUAAAUUUGAUCUGUAGCAAUUUAUAAUUCUGCAUUCCUGUUUGUAGAAUUUCCAUUCCACAAACAGACCUAUACAUAAAAGUAUGACUAAAUGUUAAAUAAAAUUUUUACAAUAGGCUAUAUAAAAAUCAGAAUCGGAAUAAAAUUAUACAUUAAAAAAAUGGCAAUAGUGAAUGAGAUUUACUGUUAGAUGAUAAUUGAUAUUAUUUUAUUAUUUAAUAUAUAUUUACCUUCCACAUCAUGAUGAAAGCCUUUAGGGGGUCGUUUAACAUUAUCAACAUUGGAUUGGAUUGGAUUGGAUUUAUUCGGUGUAAACACCAAGGAUAGCCCACAAAAGUCUAGAAGACUUAUUUCCAGUGGGGUCCUUCUGGUAGUGAUUGGGCAGUACAAUCCCCUACU